UACCCUACACGGAUUUGGUCGAAAACUUUACUUAAACUGGAGUUUUGGGGAGCAGCCAACAGAGAGAACAUUGGAAAUGGAUUAAAACCGAUAUGUUGAAUGAGUGGUGGACAGGACAGCGUUGAUUUGGGAGUCAGCUGGUGGACGCGCCGUGUAACACCACCUUGGAGCCACUAAGUCAUGUCCGCCGGCAGUACUGGCAGUCUGAAACGCAGCUCAGGGCCUGGCAGCAACAGGUAUGGACCCAGCCGGAGCAGCAGCAGCCAGAGAUCGUCGUAUGAGGAGCGCUGUGUGGACCCAGUUGAAGACUUGCCGUACACCCCAGAGCCAAAGUCAAUCCACAAAGCUCACCUGAAAGAUGCAAAUGGAAAGGAGUCUGAGACCAUUGGCUUCAUUCCCGGUUCAGCUGACCCUUCCUCCUCGGCACAAACCUGUAAUCCCUGUGCUUCUCCAAAGAACUGCAGGACCUUUAUCUGCAGCGUGCUGACGUGCGGCCUCUACAGGGUCUGCCAGCGUUCAGUCCUCGCUCCGUGCCUGGCACCAAAGGAGAGCUCCCCAGAUGAACCGGAGAAGGUGAGUCUCCAAGCUGUGAACCAGGGAGACAACAAAGAAGAGGACGGCACAGACUGGCUAGGGGACGUCCGCAUCGGCGGAGUCAUAGUGGACAGUCCAAGAGAGUAUUUGGAGGUUGAAAGCAAAUAUGUGCAUUUGCCCAGCAUUCAAACACAGCCCAGCCAUCUGUCCCUGCAGGAGUCCAUGAAGUUUGAUGACUGGGAGGAUGGUGACGAGAACGUGGACUCUCUGAUUACCAAGAAGCUCCUCGAGCUCUACUCUGAAUAUCAGAUCGAAGAGUUGGCCAGGUGCACCACGGACUCUGUGUUCCUGAAGAAGAGCAGGGCCAUCAACCAGCUCAUCAACUCGUUGGCAGAGGAGCACAAAAUGGACGAGCAGGAGGCAGAGUGUCGGCUGGUGCGCGGUAUCAUCCGCAUCAGCACGCGAAAGAGCACGAAGAGGAGGCCGCGCACCCCCAGGACCGAGAGGACGAUGUCGGACAGCGGCAAUGAGACGAUGAGGGAGAGCGAUUCAUUUACGUUCAGCAACAACAAUGACUACAAAUCAAAUCCAAACAUCCAAAUAUCUGAACUGACCUCCUCCGACAAGUGUGCCAGAGACAUGUGGAGGAACAAUGGAGGACACACUUCUAGUUCACCAACAGCCUACUCGCCCUCCAACACCGAGACCAAUUCUUCAGGCGUCCCACUAAUUCGCACCUCAGUGAGAACAUGAUUCGCGCUCCGUGCCGACGAUCUACACUUGAAUUUUGUCAUGCCGCGUCCACAAGGUCACAUACGAGACGUUGAAAGGGGACACCACUUGCACAGGAGUCUCUGGCUCAGCCAAAGCUCUUUUGUAGAGACCAAGGUUUUGCUGUGUGGGGGUAAAAAAUGUGAAAAGUCACAUUGUCUGAAGGACUCCAGUGAACUCAGGGCUCUGUGUGUAGAUAUUUAUGGUUUGAUAAAUAUUCUGUGUAUAUUUGAAGGAUUGCAGAUAUCACCAGUAGCUCUUGAUGAUUCUUAAAUAUUGUAUCAUGAUUAACCGUCCCCCUUGUCCUUGAAGGAGAACUAAGUUAUCUGCAUGAAACCUGACCCUCAUUUUUGAUGGUUGGAUUAUUGUAGUGUUGUUGUGCAAAGGACAUUUGGGUUUUAAUUUUAAACUAUUUUAAGCUAUCACUUUUGCAGUUUGUGAUCUAUGAUUAGUUAUCUGAAAUGGUAGUUUUGAUCAUUUGACAGAUUUCCAGUUGAUGAAAAAGGCUCUUGAGGACAAUAGUGUGAAAUAAUGAAGAAGAACAGUUUAGUUUUAUAUGGAGGUUCAAAGACGUUUAAAUGAUGAACUUGGUUGGUUGGACAUUUUAUGUUUCUUACAUUUUUAUGUGACUCACAUCUCCGAUUCAACAAGAGAUUUAUAUAGAACCAAUGAAGUGAAAUAAAAUGGCAAUUCAGGUUGACUAUCAGGCCAGGUUUUAAGUCUUUAAAUGUGACAAAACCACCAAGUUCUCGCUUGUCCUUGGAAAGUUUUACCAGGAAAAGAAAUCUUAACGUCAGGUCCAAUUACUAGCUUUUUGCUUGGAGCUUCAUCUCACAACCUUCCUCAGUGGAAUGAAGAUAUGUUUUAACAUCUUCUAAUCUAGAUAUAACUAUUAUUACAUUGUAUAUUACACAUACAUACUGUUUAUAAUAUAGUUAGCCCACAUGGACUUAUAAAACAUUGAUAUUGCAUUGGUUAAACAUUUUUUAAACAGUAACAUUUUAACUUUUGCCAUAUAAAAUGAAAAUGAAAACAAAGAACUUAACAUUUCUGUCCCAAGCUGUACAAAUAAAAUCUGGUUCUCUUCCUUAAAAACAGUUCCAGUUUGUAACCGUCUAUCUAGGUAUGAAGGACAUUUUACAAUAAAGUGUAGCUUUUAAAUGAUCAUAUAAUGAGCCAUAAAACAUGAUGUGGAUUUUGUCUUCAGUGUUAUUUAAAUCACAUAACAAACAAAGGGAUACCAUUACACUUGUCUAUUACUAGUAUGUACCUGAACAUAACUGUUCACUCAGAGAUCUUGAACUUUUCAUUCAAUUCUGCAUCUCAUCAUCUACUGUAAUAAUUAUGAUAGCAUGUGUUCUUCUGGUGAGGAAGACUGAGAGAUAGGGUUUAAAGCUCCCAAAAAAAGCUAAGGAUUUUCUUCUCUUUUGCGACUUGUAUGAUUUAGGUGUCAUACAAUGUGGAAAAAGCAGACCACUGCUGUCAUAACAUGAAGUUAACAGAUGUUGGAAUUCAUUCUGUGGCCAUGUAAUACUCUUAUCUGUAACUCAAAUUUACAUUGUAAAUAUUCUAUUGAAGAUGAUUUAUUGUAGCUAGAUGAGCAGUGUAAUAUAUUGUAAAUCACUUGUUAGUGAUGUUAUCACGUGCCGACUCAUGAAGUUAAUGUCUGUUUUCUUUCCAAAAUGUUGGCUGUAUUUGCUCCUGGUGGGAAUUUUGCCAGCUGACUCAGUGGAAUUCAUUCAGCUCUGUUCUCUUAUCAACACUAGCUUAUGGUUACUGUAGGUUGUGGAGCCUAUUGUAGUUAGUUAAUACACUCAGGUAGCUUAAUGUACAAUGUGACUGUCCAGAUGACCUUCGUUGUUUGUUCUUGUUACCCGUGAUCCAACCUCUUGUGCCUUUAUGUAAUGCACAGUAUAUUGUUUUUUAAUGCAAUGAAUGAACUAUUUUCUGUCUUGAGGUGAAUACUAUGAGAUACUCUAAUAAACAUAACACCGUGGUUUCAGUUUAGUGUGUCAGGAAUUUGGUUUCAACACCGGGGUGUAAUGGAAUGAAAUGGUGUGAAACUUGUUGUUCUGGUUUAGACUAAGAAGAAAAAACAAAACAAACAAAAACACAACAAUUUAGGAAGUAAUGAAUGUGUCUGUAUUUCUUAUUUCACUGAACUGGUCGAAUUGUCUGAUUAUUACAUCAUUAUGUGUUCAUUUACGUUUCCCUAAAAAUCAAGGUACAAUUCUUGGGUCUUGCAUCAAUAAAUUUAUGGUACUUUAUAUUUUCAGCAAAGUGUGUUGGCAGAUACAGUAACCCGUCUUUAAAAAGUUAUCUCAAUGUAAAAAAUCAUGAAUAAAGUACAACAAAAGAGGUAUUGUUUGGCUUUUUUUCUUGCUUUUCCUACUUAUGGCCACAUGAGGGAGCCACAAUUCCAAUAUUUUAAAGGUCUGGCCUUGCUGCUGCUUCCUCCUU